AUGGUAAUCACGGGUGGAAAUGAUGAAGACAGAGGAGGCCAGGAAAAGGAGAGUAAAGAAGAGAGUGUCUUGGCGAUGCUGGGGAUUAUUGGGACCAUUCUGAACCUGAUCGUCAUCAUAUUUGUAUACAUCUACACCACUCUCAAUCACUGUGGCUUCCCAACUACCUGCCCUGGGUCAUACCACACGAUUUUGCAAAGGCAUGUCACAGGGGGCUUCCCCGGUGGCUCAGAGGGUCAAGAAUCCUCCUGCAAAGCAGGAGAUGAGCGUUCAAUCCCUGGGUCAGGAAGAUCCCCUGAAAAAGGGAGUAGCCACCCACUCUACAGGCCCCUGCGCCCACUACUCCGCACCCCUCCCCGCAGGGAAGCGAGUAGGAGCGCUCCAGGGGUUCCGCCGAGCCCCGCCCUCGGGGGCGGGGCUGGGAGCGGUCACGGGGAGGGGCGUCCAGUUCCCCCGCCCAGUCCGAGCCCCGCCCCGCCUCCAGGCUCCAGGCCCCCCACCCGCCCUCCGCCAGCAGAGAGCGCAGAGCCGGAGCAGGGCCCCGCGCGGGCUCGCGACAGCGAGGACUCGAGCGCGGGCGGUAGCCGCGACACCAUGGAUCUGUCUUUUAUGGCCGCCCAGCUCCCCAUGAUGGGAGGCGCCUUCAUGGACUCGCCCAACGAGGACUUCAGCACCGAGUACUCCCUCUUUAACUCCUCGCCCAACGUGCACGUGGCCUCCAACGGCCAAGGUCAGCCGGAGGAGCCGCCCAGGUCCUCCAACGACGCGGUCCUGCUCUGGAUCGCCAUCAUAGCGACACUGGGGAACAUCGUGGUGGUGGGAGUGGUGUAUGCCUUCACCUUCUGA